AUGGCCCUCGUAACAAUAACCACUAUAACUGGGAACACCGCUGUGGUGGCAGCUCUGAGGAGAUUGAGGAGGACGCCAGCUCAUUAUCCGCUGGCCAGUCUGGCUGCAGCUGAUCUGCUGGUCGGGACCUUCGUGCUGCCUAUAGCCGCUGCUCGGGAGCUGUUUGUGUUUCAGUUGAACUGGGCAAUCUGUUCCUGCUGGAGUACCCUAGACGUCCUUUGCUGUACUGCCUCCAUUCUCUCCCUCUGUGCCCUUGGUUGGGAACGCUGGUGCUGCAUCACAAAUCCUCUAGCACGAGCUAGAAGGAUCAAGAGAGCAAAGUUCUACGCGGUCCUGGUAUGGCCUGUGUCGACCGUGGUAGCCUUGCCUACAGCCUUCAUUCCGUCUCCGAGGCAUUACCACGCGGGGGAGAUGGCUAAGGCUUGCACUGUUAAUACUAAUGUUGGUUACGUGUUCUUCAGCACAUCAUUCUCGUUUUUCUUGCCUGCCAGUGUGAUGGUCACGUUCUACGCUCGGAUACUACGUCUACUGGCAAUACCACCGACCAUAAGGGCACAUCGUGGACGAGUUUCGCAGAAUCAAAUAAACAGCAGUAGUAACUCAAAAAUAGCCAAGUCUUUGGGGUGUGGAGCAGAAAAUCCAACAAGUACAGUAGGAUUAACGACACCUAAAGGCAACCAUCUUAAUGUACCUGUCGUUCCUUCAAAUGUAAAAAAUAACGCAACAUCUCCAGUGAAAGCCCCAAAUUCUCCAGGUGGCUUAGUCCCUCGUCAACGUCGCGCAACUCGCACUAUCAUAAUGCUGAUGUCGCUGUUCCUCGCUUGCUGGUCGCCAUUCUUCAUCAUGUUACCGGUUGAUUCCCUCUGCGAAUGCGUCUGGGACGCCACCUGGCAGUGGUGCACAUGGCUCGGCUAUGUCAACUCUGCGAUCAACCCGCUGGUCUACGCGGCCGCCUCGCCCAGUGUGAGGAGGGCCUUACACGCCUCUCUCACUAUUUCCAGUUCGAGGAGUACCGCAUUGUCUGCCAGUGUGAGAAGGCCUUAG